GUGUUGUUGUGGGAAGCACUGGACUCACUUGUGCGGCGUGUUAACAGGUGGUUAUUCUCGUAAGUUAACUUCUAACCACAGAUACAUAAGAUUGGACGUAGUGAGAGAACCUGAGUAAUUUCCAUGGCGACACCAGUCAUCAGCCACUACUUAUCGGAAUAAAUAUUGUCUAUAGAUAUGUGGUGAUCAAUAUUGUGUCAAACAUGACGAAACCACGAUCUGAAAGCAAAACGGCGGUUAUGAAGGAUAUCAAGGAUUGGGCUAGCUGUAACGAGGAUGGUACCACCUUGAUGAUCGGUGCCCAGUUGAAGGACAACGUCACGGAACAGAGGAUGCUGGAGUCUAAACUAUACGAUCUGUCAAAGGAACGGUACAAAUUCAUAGUUCAAGUUCAGUUACAGAGGAAAGCAUUUAUAGACAAACAGCAGAGAAAAACGAGCGUGAUGAAAGAUCUACUGAAGGGAGUCGACGUAUCCGUCCAGAGUAAAUCUACUGGUGCAAAAAUGAGCGAUAAAGUAGUCGCAUAUAGAACUAUUGUCGAACAGAUCUAUCCUUCCAGGAGAAGGCAUCGUCGUGUGAAAAGUGAAGAAGAGGAUGAGUACAGCACCCACUCAAACGUCGAGCUCGUUGGCAAUGAACUGUCGAGUCGAAUUCCGUUGUACAAAACCGAGCCACAUCCCCCUCUUCAGCUACCAACGCCCGACCUCACUUUAAGUUUUCCGAGGAGAGCGAUGACUUCCUUACCUCCCAUUGGGACCAGGAGUGGGACCCAUUUCACGCGGACAGCAAUGUCGGAUGGCACGAGAUCUUCGUUGAGGCAGAGGGCCGUUCAUGACCGAAGGUUUGUGAAACUUGAAACCACUUUAUCUCCGAUCUAUAACUCCCCGUUAACCAUGGACGUCAAGAAUUAUCUGCAACAUAUACUCAAACGGGAAGCAUCGAACGGAAUUAAAAUCAAGUAAAUUCCACAUAUUACAGUGACAUCAGCAGCAUUGUUCACAAUUGUUGUCGCAUUGUUUACCAAACGUACCAUAUAUGGUGCUGUUUCCAUACGUGUAGUAUGAACAUCGUAAGACUUUACCCCAUGCGUGUCCAUUCAGUACCACAAAUAGGGCGUAAUUGUCAGAAAAUGCGGCAGCUACGACCUCUUUAACUAUGUUCUACAUGAGCUGGUGGUACGUCGACGACGUUCAUUCCAUGUUAAUUCCAAUAAGCAAUGUAUAUAUAGGCCGCCCGUGAAGUCUCUGAAUCGGAGUCGAUGUUUGCGCGGUACAUCUCAAUCUCAAUGUUAGUAAAACGAUAACACACUAUAUCAUAACUGUUAUUUUUGUUAAAAUGUUAAAUUCGUGAAUGUUAAGUAAAGUUCAAUUUUCGUUACUUGUGUGUACGUACUAUAUGCAUAAAUAUACUUUCUGCUUUGUAUACAUCAUUUACUUCCAUAUAGAGUUCUGUACAACAAUGGAUUAACUCCUGAAUGUGAGCUCGGAUGUCACAUUAGCUUAUCUUUGUUUGUUAGACCGAGACAAGGCCAAUGGCACAAACCAAUAUUAAACUCGUACCAGAGUUUCAAAAAUACUUAUUUUGUUUCCGAUAAUUAGA